AUUUAAAGUUAGCUCCCUUGUUGGGCGCCUGUUAGCAAGCUAGGCAACAUUACCCAGCUGCCUCAGCGUGACUGGCGACGUCUUUGCAGGAUUCGUGUGUUUUGAUGGACACAACUGAUGGAGGAACGAGCGUUAGCGGUUAGCUAGCUGGUGCGGUUCUGGGUCACCGAGUGUUGCCAUGGCGAUCGUAAGAAGGAACUAGUCGGAUAGGUCAGAAACGCUCGAGCUGGCUAAGCUACGUGCUAUGUGACUUUGACGCCUGUCCAAGGCAGCUGGAAGGCGAAGCCUCUUAAUAGUGGUGCUCCCUGGCUACAAGAGUGCUGUUAACGUUGGCCAACGGGGAGCAGCGACAGAGAGAGCCCGCUAAGACGCUGCGUGGUGGAGGGAAUCGGAGCGGGCCACACGCACAACAACGCAAACUGUAGGUGGGUGACAUGGCGACUGGAGGCGCUCCGUUCGGUGACAGUGCAGAAGAGCUCCACAACUGGGUUGUUUCCAAUGGCAGCCUGGAAGAUCGACUCAACAACAUGGACUGGGGUGUGCAGCAGAAAAAACCCAACCGAUCCUCUGAGAAAAACAAGAAGAAGUUGCCGGCUGUGGUUGUGGAGAGCCGCCUGACUAAUGAUAUCUCACCAGAGUCCACCCCAGGGGCCGGUCGCAGGAGAGCCCGCACCCCUCAUUCCUUCCCUCACAUCAAAUAUACCACUCAGAUGUCUGUCCCAGACCAGGCUGAGCUGGACAAGCUGCGUCAGAGGAUCAAUUUCACCGACCUGGAUGAGAGGAGCAUUGGCAGUGAUUCGCAGGGUCGUGUCACAACAGCCAACAAUCAGCGCCAGGUAGCUGGAGAGACCAAGAAGCCCUACAACUUCCUACCUCUGCAUGUAAACACUAACAAAAGCAAGGAGCUGCUCCCUCCCUCCUCUUCGGCCCCAACCACCCCAGCUAUCAUGAAGGAGGCCAAAAAGCAGAGCCCAGGAUUUAGGGAUACAUUAACUCCCGUGGUUCCUAUCAAGGAAUCACCGAGGCUCAGUCGUGGCGGUACCGAGAGAGGGCUCUUGGUGCAGAGAGAAUAUGGAAGAGGACAGUCAAGAAUAGACAGCAGUCAGGUUGUGAGCAAACUGGUACAGAUCAGAGAGUACAUAAGUAAGGUGAGCUCCAUGCGCGAUGACCUGGUGGAGAAGAAUGAUGUGCCGGCAAAUGUGGAGCGUCUUUCUCAACUUAUCGACCACCUCAAGGAGAAGGAGAAGUCCUAUUUACGGUUUCUGCAGAAGAUGCUGGCACGGGAGAAUGAAGAAGAUUAUGGGGGGACCCUUGACUCUGCAGUGGGCUCAGGUUCUCUGGCAGUGAGCACUACUCUAAACAUUGAGGUUCACUCGCCUGAUACUUCAAAUGCAACGGGCGGCAGACCAGAAUCUGUGUGUGUGGACGAGAAGGAAGAGUUGGAGAAUCUGUGUAAGCAGCAUGAUUUGCUGAAGAAAAUGCUGGCGCAGCAAGAGCAGCUCAGGGCCCUGCAGGGCCGACAGGAGGCACUGAUGGCCAUGCAGCACAGUGCAGAACAAGCACUGGCUGUGAUUGAAGACACUGUUGUCACAGAAACCACAGGCAGUGUGUCAGGCUUGAGCAUCACGUCAGAACUGAAUGAAGAGCUAAAUGAAUUGAUCCAGCGAUUCCACAAUCAGCUUCAUGACUCUCAGACCAAAGCAGUGCCAGACAACCGUCGUCAGGCAGAGAGUCUUUCCCUAUCCAGAGAGGUGAGCUGGUCUAGGUCUCCCCAGGCUAUGGGUCCACCUCAGCACAGACCUCUUCUCCACUCAGCCUCAGGCCCUCAAAUUGGUCUUGAUACAGGAGCAACAGCUGCUAGCACCAAACUCACCAAGCUCCAAGAGCUCCAAGACAAAAAACAAACUAUGGACAAGAUACUUCAGGAGUUGCAUUCACUCAGAGACCAGACUCUCAAUAAUAAUUCAUGUCGUGGCUUGCCAACACAGUACAGUCUGAGUAUGGGAGGAUCUUCAGAUUGUCCACCUUCUCUCUGUCCUAGUGGGGCAUCAGUUUCCACUUCCUUUCAUCCUUCACUCGCAGAACAGCAGAACAGCUCUAACUCCACAGACAAACUCAGAAAGCUAAAGGAAGUCCACAAGCGUUUGAAUGAGCUGCGAGAAUUGGUUCAGUACUAUGAACAGACUUCUGAUAUGAUGGUGGAUGCUGUCAAUGAGAAUGUGAAAGAGGCUGAUGAUGAAGAGGAGGAGGAAGAUGAGACAGAGGACAGUUCUAUGUUUGAGGCCAUGUUUGACUCUGAACAGGAGAACCGCCAUCCUGUGACUAAUAUCAGAAACUCCCAGCGCAGUGGAAACUGGACGGACUUAAACAGCCUGACCAACGGACGGAGUGUAAGAAGUGGUGCCGCUAACAACCGUGAUGGCAGACUUAACACAGAGUGCGAGAUCAACAACCGGUCGGCAGCCAACCUCCGUAGCCUCAACAUCUCCUCAGUUAUAGAUUGUCAGUACAAUAGGGACACAUCUUAUAAUGAAGUGAAGGAUGAGGAUGAAGAAGAGGAAGGUGUUGAUAAUGAAGUGCCACAGGCUGUUGCUCCAGACAGUGAGGCAUCAGGAUCUAGUCGGAGAAGCAGCUUGGAUGGAAGUUUUGCCCAGAAUGCACAUCGACAAACUGCGAAGCAAAAACUCCAGCAGCUGAAGGAACUUGUAGCAAUGGUUCAGAGUGACGACACCGAUGCCACAACUGCGAAUGAGGAGGAAGCUUUACAUCAGCAGCCGAACAAUACCAGAGCCACUCCAUCUAGGUCACAAGGAUCCGGAUCUAAACAGAAUGCCAGAGAUCUGACCCUCUCUAGCAAGGCCAGAGAAAAGCUAUAUGAGGAGAAGCUGCUUCAGCAGAAGCAAGAGUUAAAGCAGCUGCAUGAAGAGCGCCAGAGGCUCAUUGAGAUACAAGGCAAGAUCCAAGACCUUCAGUGGGCUUGCCCUGACCUCCAGUCAUCUGUGUCCAGCACUGCGAGCCAGCAAGGCUUGCUGAGGAAGGUCCCAAUAGCAGUUUCCACUCCAGCCACUGUUCAGGCUUCUUCAUCCUCCAAAACUAACCCCAUUGUACUCAAACCUACUGCUCCAGAAGCAGCUACAUCUUCAGUCACUGACAAUGAGCAGCUUUGGUCAGAGAUGCGUCGCCACCAGAUCCUGCGGGAAGAAUUGCGUCAACGUAGAAAACACUUGGAGUCCUUGAUGGCUGAACACCAGAGACGUAGUGGUCUCAACGAUUCCCCUUGCCAGACUGAAGAUCAAGAUGGCCUCGCUACGCCCCCACAAACUGUUAGUAGGGAUGAAAGGACGAUGGCGACCUGGGGUUCCACUCCCUGUAACCUGGAUGGUGAUGAUGAGGAUGAAUAUCAAUCAGAGGUGGGUGUAGAAGAGGAAGAAGAGCAGGAAGAAUGUACAGAGAGCAGCUCUGAUGAAGACGACAUCCACAUCUACUCAUCAAGCAGGAACCAAUGCUCCUACAGUAACAGAAACAACCAUGGAAGUAAUCUGAAGCCCCCACCAGCUUUCUCAGGUGAUGAUAGUCGACAUUUUCAAAACAAGACUCAGGCCAAACAACAGCACCAACAGUCCAGAAGCCUAAACCAGUCUGUGAGCCAGCAGGCAGGUGCUCGACGGCAAGAAAACCUACGCUGGGCAUCCGAGCUCUCAUUUAUUGAAGGCUCAUGCCAGUGGCAGGACCAAGUCAACCAGCUGCAGAAACAGCUGGACUUCAGCACCAGCAUGUGUCAAACGCUCCUGCAGGACCAGCAGAUGUUGUCGUACAUGUUGCAAACCCUGCUGACAGGUCAGUACAGCGUGUUACCUAACAAUCUGUCAUCCCCACAAGUCCACCUGGUCAUGCACCAGCUCAACCAGUGUUACACCCAGCUGGCUUGGCAACAAAACAAUGUACAAAGACUAAAGCAGGUCCUGAACGACCUUGUGCAGCAGCAGCAGCAGCAGCAGCAGCCUUCCUCAUCAGCGGGUUGGCAAACACAGAAGCAGACCUCAUCCCAGGAAUCUAAUUCUGGCCCCUCAGCUUCUCCUGGUGUCUUUCUCCCUUUCUCCUCUGCCCAACAUCCUUUAGCCAACAACUUGUCAACUACUGCCUUAUCGCCAUUCCCUCCUGGCUUUAACAUGUGUCCGCCGUUUCCUGCUGCUCUGGGUGAGUUCCCUCAGGGUGCAACAGGCCAGGCUUCUCCUGACCACCACAAGCAGCAGUUGGACCCCAACACUUCUAUCAAAACGGAAUACAUGAGUUUUCCUCCUCCACUGCAACGCUCUCCUCUUAACACUGCUACAGAAAGAGAACCAGCUAAAUGGCUUAACACCAGUUAUGCAAACAACACCGUCCACCAUCGGCCGUCGAAAAAUGAACCUCAACAGUCGUUAUCCUCGUCCCCCGUGUUCAACCACCAGUCACAACCUCAAGACUUUGACCAGGCGUCGCAGGAAAGUUUCAGCAGCAUGCCAGGUCCUGUUGAUCCCGCCACCGUUACAAAGACUUUCAAGGCUGGACACAAGGCCUCUGCCAAAGCCAACCUCGCCUCCCGCAGUAAAACUCCCAAUUCCAAGAGUCGCCGCAGGAGGAGCAAAGGACAUAACAAGAACAGUAAAGUGUAUGAGAGUGACAGUGUUAGCAGCACUGCAGACUUCACCCAGGAGAGGGCAGCUGCGUCUCGUCAAAAAGAUCAGAACCAGAGUUUAUUGGAUAAGCUGACUCAAGAGAAACUAGACAGCAAAACUAAGCCUGGGAAUAAACGAAAUGACCUCUCUUCAGCCUAUGCUUGGAGAACACCCUUCCUCUCUAACAGAAUUGCAUGCACAGAAGCACCAGAUGCGAGCAGUGAUUUCUCACUCUUUGAAGCACUGAGGGAGACCAUUUACUCUGAAGUGGCUACUUUGAUAUCUCAGAAUGAGUCCCGACCCCACUUUCUCAUUGAACUUUUCCAUGAGCUGCAGCUGCUCAACACCGACUACUUACGGCAGAGGGCACUGUAUUCCCUACAGGAUAUCGUUACCAGACAUUUGGCAGAGAAGAGUGCGGCUGAGGACCAGUUGCCUCCUCUUGGUCCUGUGGUGUGGACUGCAGGCUCUCAGUCUGAGCUGACACCCAGUGAGAGCCUAGCCACCAGUGAUGCAGAGGUGGUGGAGAAAAACCUUAGGCUCACACAAGACACAGUGAAGAAGAGGGAUGAUGCUGAAUCCAUGGACAAUGACAGCACCAUGUCAACCUCCUCCAAUCUGGAACCAUUUGCUAAUGAUGAUCUGGGCAACACAGUGAUUCAUUUAGACAAAGCUCUGGCCAGGAUUAGGGAGUAUGAGCGCAUGAAGCUUAAAGCUGAAUUUACCCCCUGCAAUGGCAGCACUGCAGGUGCAGCUGGUUCUGAUGCCGCAAUUGCUGACCAUCCUUCUGCUAACCCUGCUGAACCAGUGGAAGGAGGUGAAGCUGGUGAUGUGCACUGUCCUCAGAUUGACACCCAGCAGUUGGAUCGUCAGAUCAAAGCCAUCAUGACGGAGGUCAUUCCUUUCCUUAAGGAGAACAUGGACGAGGUAUGUUCCCUCCAGCUUCUAACAUCUGUACGGCGCAUGGUCCUCACGCUCACCCAGCAGAAUGAUGAAAGCAAAGAGUUUGUCCGCUUUUUCCACAAACAGCUGGGUGGCAUCUUGCAGGACUCUCUCAGUAAAUUUGUGGGCCGUACUCUGAAGGACUGCGGGGAGGACCUUUUGGUGGAAAUCUCAGAGAUUCUCUUCAAUGAACUGGCUUUCUUUAAGCUAAUGCAGGAUUUGGACAGCAACAGCAGCAGCAUUGCACUGGCAGCCAAACACAGAAAUAAAAAGAGGACCGAGAAACCCAGAACAAAGAACAGUCCCAGGGAAAAUCCAGUGGCUGGAUCGUUUUCGCCAGCAUACACAGAUGAAGACAAGGACCAAGAUGAAGCUGAGCAAGCAGGCGAUUCUACCCUUCAGGAGCUUUACCUGCAGACGGAGAAAAAGAAUAGCCAGAGCAGUGAGGCCUCAGACCUGGAGGAGGAAGAUGAGGGACAUGGACAGAGAAUGCCUCUUUCAAUCAGCCUUUCCAAAGCAGAGACUCAGGCCCUGACGAACUACGGCAGUGGGGAGGAUGAGAAUGAAGAGGAGGAAAUCGAGGAAUUUGAGGCAGGACCUGUAGAGGUCCAAACGUCCCUGCAGGCUUCUGCUGAUGGACAGAUGGAGCAGGAGGGGACCACAGCUACUGAAGGCCAGGAGACAAAAACUGAACAGACGAAUUCAGAGAAUGAGGAAAUUAAAGUGGCAGUUGAGGCUGUGGAUUCCACAGUAGACGAACAAACCACAGUGGAGAGUCAUGAGGAAGACAGUAAAGGUGGGGAAGCUGCUGUUGCUGCUUCAGAAGAAAAUACUGUCUUCCACAGUCAGGACAUCUCAAAGGAGCCGAUGUCCACGAGCAGCCCUGACACCGACUCGCCUGUCAUGAUCAAUGUAGAUGAGAUGGGCUCAGGUAACACAAGCCAGAAGUCUGACGAGGAAGACUUUGUCAAGGUGGAAGAUCUGCCACUGCAGCUCACAGUCAUGUGCGAGGAGGAGCUUCAGAAGAGGAUCGUCGAGGAGCAACAGAAUAACAACCUGUCGGUAGAAAUCCUCAACGGUAACACCGGACCAAUGACUGGGCUGGUGGGAAAUGCUCAAGCCCUGAAGGAACCAGACACCACUGAUUCGCCGAGUAUCUAAGGAAUCAUACAGAUGUCUCAACAUUCACCCUUUUUAGCAACACUAUGGUUACACACUGUUCCAGAUGUGCUAGUUUUUAAGAGCAGCCUGUGUGACUCUCACAAAAAACUAAGUCUCUACAAACGUAGAUUAUUUUAUGGAUGUUUAAUGUGAUUUAUUGGUUAUCUGGGAAGGGGUUAUCUCUAGGCUGCUGAUUACCAACAGUUAAGCCUCUGUUUAGUCUUUAUAGUAAGUAAACUGCUGUUCAGAUCUGCCUUAGUCUUCUCUGUUCUGGGAUCACUUUGACAAGUUGUGACCUUUUUGUGUUUUGUUUGUCUUGGUCCUGCCUUACUAUUGUGCAGCUCAUCUUUCCUGCACUUAAUUCCUAAUUAUAAAAAGAUUACAUUAGGAUAAAAGUAAGCCGUCUCCCGGCUGAUGUGAGCUAAUUGUUUCCCUGGCUUAAACACUCUUUAUCCUUUACAUCAGAGCUUCAAGCUCUGACUUAGAUUUUAUCUCAGACACAUCUUUAUAUACCAUUUGUUCUGUUCUGUAAUGGUUAGUCUUCAUUGAUUUUCAUGCAAUUAAAAUGUUAAAGUUUUAAAUAAUAAAAUGCUGAAACUUUA